AUGUGGUUGGCUUUCCAGUUGAGUUUGCUGUCGGUUUCCUUCCUUACCUGGGCGAACUGCGAGAAACCUUUUCAUAGUCGCGACCACUCGGACAUCGCACAAUCGCCGCAACGUUGGGCACCUCUCAUCCUUGACCAGGUGGCCGCUGAGAAUAAUUUCCAUGCUGAAUGUUUCCCAUAUCUUGGAUUUUUUUUUAAGGAAUACCUGUCCAAAUAUGGAUGGACUGAACAAAUAAACUGGGAAAACAUCAAACACCUGAACCAGAAGAAUCUUGCUGAUGAGCAUCCAGCUCCUAAAGAUCUGAUAGACCUUAUUGAAGAAGGGUCAUCUUCUUCCAGACAAAAGGAGCAAUCUCAGGCUGAGCCCACUAAAAACAUUGCCUACACAGAAGCCUUAAAACAAUUCCAAAAGGCCAACGGCAUACCUGUGACAGGAGAAUUAGACAAAGCCACUAAGGGAGCAAUGAACAAACCGCGAUGUGGAGUCCCAGAUAAAGUCUUGUCCGAUGAUAUCUUGAUGGACAAUAAGACAUCCACUGACAACCAAACUGUCGGUUUAAACGAAACUUCCACUGAAACCAGCAAAACUACUGGCAUGAGUGUAGAUUCAAAAGGUCGCAAGAAGCGAUUUUUACAGCUAUUACUUUCUCCCACACAACAAAAAUUGCCAUUUGACCCUAACGUGGAUAAGGCAAUGAGAAUGGCCUUUUCUAAAUCAAAGCUAACAUGGCGCCUGAUGGGAGAAAGUUUUAGCAAUCAGCUUUCUAUUGAAGACCAGAAAAGUGUGCUCAAAUUGGCUUUUAGGAUGUGGAGUGAAGUCAUUCCAUUGGAGUUCGAAGAGAAUAACGACUCUCCUGCUUCAAUGGUCGACAUCAAACUUGGCUUUGGAAAAGGUCGUCACAUGGGUUGCACCCAGACAUUUGAUGGCAAUGGACAGGAGUUUGCUCAUGCAUGGCAAUUAGGUGACAUUCAUUUUGAUGAUGAUGACCAUUUUACCACUCCAAGUAAUGAUAAUGGAAUUAGCUUGCUAAAGGUGGCUGUCCACGAACUGGGUCAUGUAUUGGGUUUACCUCACAGCUACAGGACUGGGUCAGUAAUGCAGCCCAGUUACAUCCCACAAGAUUCCAAAUUUGAACUGGACUGGCUUGACAGAAAAGCCAUUCAGCAACUCUAUGGUAUUUGUGAAAGUCCCGUUGACACGGUAUUUGACUGGAUUCACAAGGAGAAAAAUCAUUACGGAGAGCUGACGAUUCAAUUUAACACAUAUUUCUUCAGAAAUGAAUUGUAUUGGCUUUAUGAAAAUCGUAAUAAUCGAACACGCUAUGGAGAUCCCGUUGCAACUUCAGUUGGAUGGCAAGGAAUCCCAAGUACUGGAAUUGAUGCAAUUGUGCACAUAUGGACGUGGACAAGAGAUGCCAUCUAUUUCUUUAAAGGUACUCAUUAUUGGAGAUAUGAUAAUGAAAAUGAUCAUAUUUACACAAUGGACACCGAGGGAAACAGAUAUCCCAUGUUAAUUUCUGAAGGUUUUCCAGGUGUUACAGGGCCUGUCGAUGCAGCUUUGUAUGAUAGGAGAGACCAACAUAUAUAUUUUUUCAAAGGUCCAAAUGUUACUACUUUCAAUGUGAAUACCAAACAGGUUAAUGGACAUCCAAAAAGAAUCAUAGAUGUAUUUCCACCAGUAGUGCUGAAUGAUCAUCCCAUUGAAAAUCUAAAUGCUGUAUACUAUUCAUAUCACCACCAAUCAAUCUUUUUCUUCAAAGGCAAUUUCUUUUGGAAAGUAGUUGAUGAUUGGGAUAUAAGGCAGAACCCAAUACUGCCAAUGAAUGGAUUAUUGCCCAAACGAAAUAUAUCAGAACAAUGGUUUGAUAUUUGCAACGUUCAUUAUUCUAUGCUGAACUAGAUGCUGAAAUUGAUACCGUUCUUAAUUGCAAAUGAUAGGCUUUAAAAUACGACAAAGGCUAUUUUGAAUUGCAAAUGCACCGUUAGCCUGCUUUUGAACUAAAUGCUGUAGUCUUAUGCCAAAAAGUUUCCAAACUUAAGGACAAGAAACAUUUAAAAUGAGACAAACUAUCAUACAAUUCUUAAUAUUAAAAUAAGGGAUAAAACAUUUAAACGUGUCAAACUUAAUAUGUAGUAUUUUACGCGCAGACA